UUUCCUCUCUAUUAUCCACGAUCACCUCCGAUUUCCUUCCCUCAUAAAACACUUCUCCUUUUUCAAAAGAAAAGGAAAACGUUUCCCUCUUUUGCGUAUCAAAGAAAGAAGUCAUCAAAUCAAUGGCUUUCUCAAGCAAAUCCUCAAUGCUGCUUCUCUUCUUCUCUGCCCUUUGUCUCCAUUCAGCCAUGGCUGGUGGUAUAACCUGCGAGGAAAUACCAACAGACAUGUGCGCCUUUGCCGUGGCCUCGUUGGGCAAACGAUGUGCACUGGAGACUGCAGUGGGUCAGGAAGGCGGCGGGGUGGAGUACCAGUGCAUGACGUCGGAGGUGGUCGUGGAGAAUGUGUCGGUGGUGGGCUACGUGGAGAGCGAUCGCUGCGUGGCUGCUUGUGGCGUGGACCGAAGAUCUGUAGGGAUUUCCUCCGAUGCCAUGCUCGAGCCACCAUUCAUCGCCAGGCUUUGUUCACCCGAUUGCUAUGACAACUGCCCCAACAUUGUGGACCUCUACUUCAACCUGGCUGCCGGUGAAGGAGCAUACCUGCCGGAUUUUUGCAAUUCCCACCGCGAGAAUCCUCACCGCACCAUGAUCGAGCUCUCGAGCUCGGGCGCAGCAUUAGCUCCUGCUCCAGCUCCUGCUCCUAUGUAAUGAGAAGGCGGAUCUCAUUUUUCACCGAUUAUUUACCCGGAUAUUAUUGUUAUCAAGGAAACGGAGAAUAAUAUAAUUUAACAAUAUACAGAGCACAGAUGUUCAUCUAUUUUGAUAUUUUGAUUGAUUGAAAAUUAUUAAAUCGUAUCGUAAAAAUUUCCAUAUGUUAAUUGAGAUUUA